GAUGGAUUUCCUCCGAUUCCUCGCUACUGGCAUACUUGAAGAGGACAAGGGAGCCUAUGCGUGGAUUGAGGAGUCAGGGCACUUUGAUGCAGUUCUUGUACCAACUCAUCCGACCUCGAGCAUUGCUCGAUUUGAGUUUAGAGGUCAGUUCUUCGUUGUCAAGGACUGGCGCUACUGCCCAUCCAGUUUGGGCAUCGUUGGCCUUGUCGAGGGACGACUGGGUGCGUGCUGCGUAGUGCGACGUUAUGAGCCUCUCAGCUGGGUCUUCACGGAUUGGGUCUUCGGUUGA